GGCAGCUGAACGCAUGCGCAGCGGCAAGGUUUUCAAUAAUGAAGUUGAGCCCUAAUGCCUGUGAACAGCCUGGUGCUCAAACUUGGGACACGGACUGAAAAUUAUGGUGUUUCCCGCAGAAGCGAGCGGUCGGGUCACCGAGGCUGAGAGCCGGGACUUGGCUUUGAGUUUGUAAAUGACUUCAGUGGAGUCUGAAUAACUCCUCGGGCUUGUUUUUGGACUGUGAGCUGGUAAUGGCCAGCAGUGGCUGAAGUGUUUCGAUCCCGUCAGUGACAGCGUGCAAACAGCAGGGAGAGCUGUGAGGCGACCGCACUCCAUUAGAUUAUGAGCGUCUCUAAGAAGUGAACCAAAUCUGGGAGCUUAUUUCUUACUGGGGCGAAAAGUCGACAAUUUCAGCACAGUGUGUGGCAGAUCACAAGCCAAGAAGCCAUGGAGGCCUCACAGGACCUCAACGAACAGAUGGUGAAGAAAUCACACAGCGAAUCUCAUGUUCCAGACCCUUCGGACACCAGGUCUAUGGAAAUGCAGGACCUAGCCAGUCCUCAUAAUCGUGUGGGAGGUGGAGAUUCGACAGGCUCCAAGCUGGACAAGAACAGUCUUGGCAGCCCCUCUAUCACCACCAAUGGAACAGGAGGUGAAAACAUGACAGUUCUAAACACGGCUGAUUGGCUGUUGGGUUGCAGCAGCCCGUCCCCUGCCCCGAGCUCCAAGGACUAUGUGAAAACAGAGCCUAUGAACAACAGCGACACAGUCACUACGACAGGCGACACACCACUGGACACGUACGCAGGCUCAGUGAUCACCAGCAGCGGCUACAGCCCUCGCUCAGCCCACCAGUACUCACCUCCCCUCUACCCAUCAAAGCCCUACCCCCACAUUCUGUCCACGCCAGCCGCCCCUCCCAUGCCGACGUAUGCCGGUCAGCCCCAGUUCAGCAGCAUGCAGCAGUCGACCGUCUACACUGCUUACUCCCAGACGGGACAGCCAUACGGACUGUCCACCUACGAUCUCGGUGUGAUGCUGCCAGGCAUUAAGACAGAGAGCGGUCUGGCUCAGAGUCAGUCUCCUCUGCAGACAGGCCUCAGCUACAGUCCCGGCUUCACCACGCCUCAGCCCGGGCAGACUGCAUACUCACCCUAUCAGAUGCCAGGUUCCAGUUUCACUCCCUCCUCAGGCCUCUACGCCACCAACAACUCAGUGUCCAACCAUGCCAACUACACUGCCACACAGCAGGAUUAUCCCUCAUAUACAACGUUUGGCCAAAACCAGUAUGCCCAGUAUUAUUCCGCCUCCACUUACGGGACUUACAUGACCUCCAACAGCGUGGAUGGCACAGGCUCCACAGCAGCCUACCAGCUGCAAGAUCCCACCCCUGCCAUGACCGGACAGGCUGCUGAACUUCAUCCAGUAGAAAAAUACCACAGUUUGGGCGACUUCGACACAGUGCAGAGCCCCUCCACGCCCAUCAAAGAGCUGGAUGACCGAGCCUGCCGGAGUGGGGGGUCUAAGUCCCGGGGCAGGGGCCGCAAGAACAAUCCCUCCCCUCCCCCUGAUAGUGACCUGGAGAGGGUGUUUGUGUGGGAUCUGGACGAGACAAUCAUUGUCUUCCAUUCUCUGCUCACGGGCUCCUACGCACAAAAAUACGGCAAGGACCCUCCUAUGGCAGUAACGUUGGGCCUGAGGAUGGAGGAGAUGAUCUUCAACUUGGCUGACUCACACUUGUUCUUUAAUGACCUGGAGGAGUGUGAUCAGGUACAUAUUGAUGAUGUGUCAUCAGAUGACAACGGCCAGGACUUGAGUACUUACAGUUUUGCAACUGAUGGCUUCCAUGCAGCUGCAACCAGCGCCAACCUGUGCCUGGCUACUGGUGUCCGCGGCGGGGUCGACUGGAUGAGGAAACUGGCCUUCCGCUACCGACGAGUCAAAGAGUUGUAUAGCACAUACAAAAACAAUGUGGGGGGUCUGCUGGGUCCUGCUAAAAGAGACGCCUGGCUGCAGCUCAGAGCAGAGGUGGAGGCUCUCACCGACUCCUGGCUCACCCACGCACUCAAGUCCCUGUCCAUCAUCAGCUCCAGGAGUAACUGUGUAAAUGUACUGGUGACCACAACGCAGCUCAUACCGGCGCUGGCUAAAGUUCUGUUGUAUAGUCUGGGAUCUGUUUUCCCGAUCGAGAACAUUUACAGUGCGACAAAAAUAGGAAAAGAGAGUUGCUUUGAACGCAUAAUGCAAAGGUUUGGCAGGAAAGUAGUGUAUGUUGUAAUUGGGGACGGUGUGGAAGAGGAGCAGGCGGCCAAAAAGCACAACAUGCCUUUCUGGAGGAUAUCAAGUCACUCUGACCUGCUGGCACUACACCAAGCACUGGAGUUUGAGUAUCUGUAACUAGUAAAGCAAUAUGGACUCAUGCAAUGUUACCAUGGACACGGUCAGCCAGGCAGCCACCUUCUUUUGUAUAACUAUUUAAGAACAAAUACACUGCGACUGUUUUUUGUGAUUUUAUUUUUGUUUUGUUUUUUGAACGUCUGGAUUUACAAACUCUGAACGGUCUUAAGAAGCAAAAGGAGAAAUGUAAGGAGGUAAAAGAAAAAAAAAAACAGCGGGGUUACAAGAUGAUUCAACCACCCAGCUCAGGCCGCCCCCGCGCCAUGGUCUCAAUGCUGGGAAUGGACCGCUGUGAAAAACCUGUCUACUGUCCUUGCAGCUAUAGCAGACUUCCUUGGCCUGAGAGGAUGUUUCUUGGUGUUCUGUUUGUUCUAGAGCACUUGGUCUAGUUUUAGGCCUGGUGUAGGUAACCUGGGACAAACUUCAAACCAUGAGGCCUUCUGUGUGAGGAAGACAGCUGACACCCCCGCCCCCCCCUCCCUUUCCUCAGUUUUCUUCCUGGUGUUAUCACAACACAACAAUGCAGCCUGUGGCAGAAAACUUGUGUAAAUUAUUUACAAUAAACUUAAAAAGGGUAGAGGUGGAUGCUUUUGUCAAGGAAAGAAAUGUAAGUUCUGGGGUCUUUUUGUUUCCCUUCUGGAUUUUUGUAAUUUUUGGGGGAGGGUGGGUGGAUUGAGGAUGUGCGUCAUGAUGUGUUGUGCCUUAAUGUGUUUGAAUGUCUUUUCUUUAUUCAGAAAUCUAUGUAUGUAGAUAUAAAAGGAGAAAUCCUAUCCAAAUGACCUAUGCAUCUUGUCUUCCCUAUUGAAGUUUACAACUGGAACUUCAGAUAACCAAAAAUAAAACAGUGCUGCAUAUUAU